GUUUGAACCGUCAACAGCUUGGUAAAUUUGUUUAUGUUUUUUUUUUGUUAUCUCGAGUGUUAAUUUGUUUCGACGCACGCAAAAUGAACGAUAAAAUCUUUUGCACGAAAACUGGAUUCGCCGUCAAAACUCUGCUCGUCAAUUCUUUAUCGAGACACCUUGGUGGUGAUCAUCUCUUUGACUACUUUUCUAGAUUCGGUCCGGUCCGGAGUGUACGGAUUCAUGUCCAUGCCUCCAAUACGUUUGGAUUUAUAAGAUUUGAAGGAUUCGAAGCAGCCGCAAAAGCAUUGAAAAUGAAACACCAUGCGAUUGAUGAUCGUAUGAUUGAAGUUGAAAUAGCAGACGAUUGUCAUCAAGACGAACCAAGGAACGACGAAUUGCCGAUAGAAUUAACCAAUGCCACUGGUACAGAGUUCAUGGAUCUCAACGAUGACUGCCUUCGUGAAGUAUUAGCUCGAUUGAGACCAAUAGGUUUAUGUUCGUUACGGGAACUGUCGGAGACAAAUAGAAACGUUCGAUUGGAAGCGAUCACCAACGAAAUAUUUACACGAAAAUUCAAACGCCUUAGGAAUGAUGUGGAGACUUCAGAAGAUAAUUUAGAGCGAGUUUUAGCCAAGUUUGGAUCGUCAAUACUACACUUUCUGACGGACGGGUUUGAUGAUGAUGACACCGUUUCCAUUCGCAAAUUUAGAUCGAUAAUUGAACGUUGCAGCGGUUGCAGCGGAACGUUAAAAACGCUCAGACUUAGAAAUUAUAAAUUCGGUGAAAACGAUAUCAAGGCCAUGAAAUCGUUGUUCGGUAAUCUGGAAGGACUUGAUAUUUUCAGGUGCCAUUUUGAAGGUGAUGCGAUGGACUUAUUUGCCAGCUGUCAGUCAUUGGGUUUUUAUUUGUUUAUGAAUUAGUAGGAGCCAAGGAAGCAAUAUUCCAACACACGUACCCUUGCUUAACGCGCUUCGUGUAUGGAGAUUUGAGCGAGAGCCUUAAUUACAAUUUGGAAGAUUUUAUUUCGCGUCACAAGAAACUGAAAUUGAUUCAUUUGUUAAGCCUGGACGACCACUCACCUCUGCUGCCCAUAAUAGCCGAAAACUGUACGAAUCUAAGCACGUUGGCGGUCUGCACCAAUGGUGACGAAAAUCCUCUCCAAUACGAAACUUCUGUCAAGAGUAUCUCGGCACUGACGAACUUAAAAAAACUCAUCAUUCGUGAUGAUCCGAAUGCGUUGGAACUCGUUCGACAGUUAAAUCAUUUGCAGUUAUUGAGAGACCUCAAACUGGAAAAGGUUCGUUGUGCACCGGGUAUCGUAACGGCUUUAUCACAACUAAAAAUGCUGGAAUGUCUUCACAUUUAUAAGUGUUACGAAUUCACAGAUGUUAAUCCACUGGCAGAAUUGUAUCGAUUGAAAAGAUUGUACAUAACAUCGAAGGAAGUCGUUACCGUCGACCUAACCUACAUGGUCAGCCGUCUAGCCGAUUUGGAAAAAUUUGUACUAAAGUUAAAGCAAAGUUUUACGAUCGACGACAACAUGCAUUCCACAAUUGUCGACGUUCGAUCAAAAUCGGGCAGUGCCAAACGUACCCUUAGAAUUAUAUGCAAUAACAUUAAAACUAGCUUUCGCUCAUAGUCGGUGAUCUCUGUAGAACGUAGUCUCUCUAAUAGCUCCUUUCA